AUGGCUGGCGACGCUACCACGCGGCGCAGCGACAAGGAUUCGGAUUCCGAAAAGAGCGCAGGCAAAGCCAGCCUGCUGUUCUGGCCGGUUCUCGUUUCCCUGCGUGACACCAUCAUAAGCUCAGACAGCGUCAUGCGGCGCAUCAUUCCCGGACUGGCAAUUGUCUUUAUCGUCAUUCUCGCCCUGUUUCGUGCUGGAGAACUGGCGACAGAGUACACCGAAACAGAGCAAUCUGCGCAGACGACCCUGAGCCUGAUGGCCACGGUGGUUGCCAACCGGCUCGUCGCCAUUGAAGGCACUCUUCCGGAAGUCGGGUUUCGCACAACCUUGAAACGCUCUCUUGCGGACAGUCUGCCGGCAGGCGCCACAAGCAGAUCCCGCAUCUUUCUGGUCGCGGAUACGAACGGCAAGAUCGCGGCGACUGCCCCGGCACAUCCGGGUCUGGAAGGCCGUCCGAUCGCCGACCUGCUCAGCCCAAGCCAGCCGCUCACAGUGUUCGGCGCGCGCGCUGGUGUUCUUCCCGUUCCGGUCGACCUUGGACGUGGUGAAGGCAGCGAGCAGUUUCUUGCAACCGUGCAUCAUCUGAACGGCAAUCUUGGCAUGAUUGCCGUGUUGCAGCCGGAAAGUGCCAUCUUUGCGGACUGGCGUGACGAUCUUUCGGCAAAUGUCACCCUGUUUGCCGGGACUGCCCUGGUUCUGCUCGCCGUUAUCUACGGCUUUUUCAGUCAGGCGAGCCGUGCCGAGCAUGCCGAUGACAUGUAUGCGGCCACCCGGGCACGCAUCGACACAGCCCUCACCCACGGCCGAUGCGGAUUGUUCGAUUGGGAUCUUUCGCGUGGACGCAUGUUCUGGUCUUCCUCGCUUUAUGAGCUACUCGGGCGUGAACCGAAGGAUGACAUCCUGAGCUUCGCCGAUGUUGCCGACAUUACCCACCCUGACGACAUUGAUCUUCUCGGACUUGCGGAACACCUUCUGGAGACCGGUGAAACACUUGUCGACGAAACCUUCAGGAUGCGUCAUGCGGACGGCAGCUGGAUCUGGUUGCGUGCACGUGGCGAGAUCCAGUCCGAGGCCGGCCGCGCCGAACCCCAUCUCAUCGGGAUCUGCAUCGACAUUACCGAGCAGCACAAGCUGGCGGAAAAAAGCCGGAUGGCGGAUUUGCGGCUGCGCGACGCAAUCGAAACAAUAUCCGAAGCUUUCGUUCUGUGGAACGCCAACAACGAACUGGUGAUCUGCAACUCAAAUUAUCAGUCCUUGCACAACUUGCCGAAUGCAGCCGUCAACCCGGGCACCCCUUACCAGGACGUCAUGGCCGCAGCAUCGAAUGCGGAAAUCGCUCCGCAACCCGUGACUGUCACGCAGCGGGGCGGUGCGCCGGAAGGCUCUUACGAAGCACAACUGGAAGACCGCCGUUGGCUGCAGAUCUCCGAACGCCGGACCAAGGACGGUGGAUUCGUGUCGGUCGGCACCGACAUCACGGCGCUGAAAAAACACGAAGAAAAACUGAUGUUGUCCGAGAAGCGGUUGAAAGCGACUGUAUCGGAUCUUCAAAAGUCGCGACAGACACUGGAAUACCAGGCACGCCAACUGGUGGAAAUGGCCGACAAAUAUCAGGAAGAAAAAACCCGAGCGGAAGCCGCCAACAAGGCCAAAUCCGAGUUUCUCGCCAAUAUUUCCCAUGAACUCAGGACACCCCUGAACGCCAUUAUCGGCUUCUCCGACAUCAUGACGCAGGAAAUGUUCGGCCCUAUCGGCACGGAACGAUACAACGAUUAUUGCAAGGACAUCUAUUCCUCCGGCACUUAUCUCCUCAACGUGAUCAACGACAUCCUCGACAUGUCCAAGAUCGAGGCUGGCCGGAUGUCUAUCGAUACGGAAGUCGUGAAUGCCGCUUCUGUCACGGAUGAUGCAAGCCGGAUCGUAACGGGCGCCGCGACAGAAAAGAAUAUUUCCGUCACAACGGACGUCGCCGAAAAUCUUAUGGUUCACGCAGACAAGCGGGCAUUGAAGCAGAUCCUGCUCAACCUGCUUGCCAAUGCGGUCAAGUUUACCUCGGACAGCGGCGUGGUUGCACUCAAGGCGGAACCGCGCGGCGACAAGUUGCGCUUCGAAGUUACAGACACGGGAAUCGGCAUUUCCGAACGUGAUAUCGAACGGCUUGCGGAGCCCUUUGUCCAGGUGGAAAACCAGUUCACCAAGACCCAUCAGGGAUCCGGGCUCGGGCUUGCCAUCGCACGGUCCCUCGUGGAGCUCCAUGGCGGUAAGCUGUCGAUCCGAUCGGAAGUGAAAAAAGGCACGACCGUCAGCUUCACGUUGCCGCUUGCAGACAGCUGA